UGCCCUCCGGGCCCUCCUCCUCUCUGAGCACUUUGAGGAAGUGUCCUGUGGGACGGGCGCGCGCCGCCGCUGAAUAUAAGUACUGCCCGACUUCCCUUAUCUCACUUUGCAACUUUGCUAAAGUCACAAGGACUGUCCUGUGGUGGCCAUAUCAAAAAUCACCAAUAGACCACGCCAACAAUGUCUUGGGAUCCGUAUAUUACGAGUUUGAUCGAUGGUGGCGAUGUUGAGGACGCUGUGAUCGUUGGGUGUGAACCUGGCAAAGAAUCUGUAUGGGCGUCGCACAAAGGUGGAACCUUCGGAAGCAUCACGCCAGAGGAAAUUCGCAAGCUGGUGGCCAAUGACCGCUCGGCCCUUUUUAGUUCUGGGGUGACGGUUGCUGGGAUGAGGUGCACAACGCUGAGGGACGCACUCAAUACAGAAGGGCAGUACACCUUGGACCUCAAGACCAAGUCCUCAGAUCAGGUACCAGACACCUACGGCAUCACCGUUGCUAAAUCAAAACAAGCUCUAGUCAUUGUGAAAGGAAAAAAGGAUACCCAUGGAGGCAAACUGAACACCAAAGCAUAUAAAAUGGCUGAGCACCUCAGAAAUUCUAACUACUGAUUCCUCUCCCAUGCCACCCACGAAACUGCUGUCGGUAGAGAUUCCUUUCUCCCUCCCCCUCCCGCCUCUAUAGUUUGAUCACAAAUGAAUUUGUGUUUUGAUCUCCCUUGAAACUUACUUAUACUGGUAAAUAAACAGAUGGAAUCUUCUAAAAAAGGCA